UAGUAUAUAGAUGGAAAGUAGGGGAUGGACGAGGAGAGGGGGCAAAAGCGGACUUCGUUGCAAAGAUGGAGUUGCGGGCAUGACAGUUGUUGUUUUUAUUUUGCCAACUCUUUUCUAUUAUCGCUGAUUUCGAAGAAGAUCGAGAGUCAUGCAAAUUCGAGAGAUUAUCGUAGAAAAAGAAUCGAGCGGUUAUAGCACAGCAGCCGAAGCAGACCCAAGGAAAGGCAAUUUUGGCAUAUCUGAGCUAGUUAUACCGAUAUUCACACAUGCGCUGGGCUUGCCAACAACGAUGAGGGAAAUAGGAAAGUGCUUAUGCGCCACCUAGGUAUCUUUGCUAGAGCUGGCCAAAAACUAGAAAUACUUUGUGUAUUUUCGUCACCAGACAGCGCUAGUGUAGUAUUGAAGAGCUGUCUCAGUCUGGAAUACUUACUUAUGGUGGUGGGAAAACCCCUCACAAACCGUAAACGAAGCACGAAGUCGACUGUUGAAGCAUCGUAGCAGUACUCGGGAAUUCGCCGAGCGGACGUCAUAUUUUAAAGUACCUCAAAGUGUUGUGUUUUUAGUAAUAAUAGAAUAACUUACAAGAAUACGUGUACUUUAUUUACGUCCGAUAAAAUAUAUGAUGAAUAUAUAAUAGUGAAAUCGUCGGCAUCACUGCAGAGUGGAAUAGACAGAAACUCGGUACUCAUAUUGAGUACUGUAGAGUAGAAAUUAUAAGCCGAAGACAUCGAGGAAGGAGUAUCAGUCGGACGAUUAACAUUUCCGAUUGUUUAAAAGGCAAAUAUAAAUAACAGAAAUGGCUUCCUCUGAUACUAUCCAAGUUAGUUCAUUACCGCUUCCACCUGUUCAAUACAUAAACCUCUACACAGAUGAAAAUGUCAGGCGGAAUCGAGCACCUAGGCCACCUCCGCCAAUUCAUGAUAAUUAUCUUAUGUUUGGAAAUACCUUCAAUGCAGAUGACACAAUAAUCAGACCUCUUGAAGCACAGGGAAUCAAAAGGCUGUAUCCACAGCAUUUUGAUAGAAAAAGAGAACUUAAAAAACUUAAUCACUCUCUACUUGUAAACUUCUUAGAUUUAAUUGACUUAUUGGUACUCUGUCCAGAUAGUCCAAGAAGAGCAGAGAAGGUUGAAGACCUAAGUUUGCUUUUUAUUCAUAUUCACCAUCUCUUGAAUGAGUUUCGGCCUCAUCAAGCACGUGAAACUUUAAGGGUCAUGAUGGAACUACAAAAAAGGCAAAGAAUUGAAACUGCACUCAGAUUUCAAAAACAUUUGGAAAAGGUUCAAGAAAUAUUGCAAAAUGCACUGCAGUCGUUACCAGAUACUUCAGAUUUAGAUUCCAAGUUCUCUGUCAACACUGAAGGAAUGGAAAUAGACAAUGAUAUGAGUGCAGAGCAACAAGCUGUUGACCCAUGUAGUCCUAGUGAUCGAAUCAUGUGCAAAGUCAUAGACGAUAUGCUCUUGUCAAAUGGCCUAUACUAAAGACUGAAUUAUUAAAGUAUUUAUAAUAUAGUUGUACAUCAUAAGGAUGUAUCUACAGAGUUACAGAAGUAGCAUAACGUUUCAAUUCGAAGUGACUAACGGAGAGGAAGGAGGUAGGCGGUUUGAGAAGUAUAGAUUAAACUCACCUUGAGUCAUGACUACUAAGCUUGCGUUCAAUCGCAAAAAUUCACGAACCACGGCUGCUUCAGCUUUAUCUGAAAAAGAAUAAAACUAAAGUAUUAACUACUGCUCCUUUUUGACGUUCCAAUCCAUUGAACAGCCACUGAUCUCGAUCUGAAAAUAAUUAUCUGGACUAGUUUUCAUUAUCCAUGUUAUCUGCGAUUUUUCAGAAAACUUCAUCCAGAAAAAAAUCAUCUUUAAAAAGUAAAUCAUCAUGUGUAAUCAAAGAAACUACUGACCAAUCUAAUUUGAUUAUAAUUAUAAAAAAACAACGAGUAAUUAAAUUAAAUAAAAAAAUAUAUAAAAAAAUUAAA